AUGCCAGCACGUCAGCGCAUCGUCCUCUUUGGCGCCUCAGGCUUUGUUGGUGGCUCUCUAUUGCAUGCUCUGGUCUCACCACCUUCAUCAACAUUCGCGAGCGUCCUCGCUGUGACAAGCAGCGAUGCCAAGGCUGCUCAAAUUGAGGCCUGGGGCCGUUGGAUUGGCGCGAGCUUGGAGACUCGAGUCAUCACAAGUGAACAUUCAUGGGUCGCUGCAACUCCACUCGCCGUCGAGGCUGAUCUGGUUAUUCAAGCGGCAACGUCCGAUGACCUAAAGCUCACUGAGGCGAUCAAUGUCGGCUUGAAGCAAGGGCGACGAGGAAGUCUAAUCCAUUUCUCCGGCGUCCAGCUCAUUGAGUCACAGCCCGUCGGCAAAUACGUCGAGACUAGACUUUUCAAUGACUUGGACUUGGAAGCGCUUGCCGCUAUUCCUGAAUCGGCAGCGCACCGCUCAAUCGACCUGUCCAUCGUCGACGCCGUGACUAGAGGCGAGCUCUACGGAUCGAUCGUGUGCCCAGCUCUUGUCUGGGGCACCGGGCGUGGCCCAUGCAAGAGGGUGUCUGCGCAAUUCCCAGACCUCGUCGCGAAGGCGCUCAUGAACCGCUCAGCCGUUUACGUCGGCGAAGGCACCAACCGCUGGACAACCGUGCACAUCGACGACCUGGUUGACUUGUCGAUGCACCUUGUCCAUCAUCACUUGAUCGAUCAAAAGUCCCAGCAUCCUCCCUCUGCCCACUCGACUUUUUAUUUCGCCAGUCACGCAUCAAGUGACCAAGACUUUCGUUCCCUCGCUCGUGCCGUUGGAGAAGGCCUUUUUGACCUCGGCCUAUUGCCAAGUGCAGAU